AUUCCACCAGUUCAUAAUUUUUUCUAUUGAUAAAGAAAGCUUGCAUAUGGAUUGGCAACUAGAAUUCUUUGCAUGUUUUGAAUGACGAACAUCGUUAUAAAAACUUGAAAAAGAUGUUUUGCAAUCAGUUCAAAAUCGAAAAUGAACAGACAACAAGUCACUUCGAUUUUGCUAUGUGCUCUUUUGACUACAUCUUUCGCUCAUGAUCUACUCCGGGCAAAACAUUUGGCCCUUUCCAGCAGAUCACAACUACAUCAUCAGGACAGGGCGUCUGGUGGUUCCCAGGAUCAGUGUUCAUGGAUCUGCAAAUCAUCUAACGACAACAAGAACAGCACAUCGUUGCAGCUAUUUUUUAAUGCAACCAUUGAACUUAUCGGUAUAGUGAAUGUUGAAGCUAAGAGUGCUUUGGUCAUUGAUAUCAAAGCUGGACUGGCAGCAGUCUUGAAUGGUACUAGUGGUUCUGCUAUCAUAGUCAACGUGUUGGACGGAACUGGGCUCUACAUUGAAGGGGGCAAGUUCAACAAGACUUGGUUAGCUGCAAAGAUUAGCUUCGAAGCUUACUUCAAACAGCUGGAGUCUCUCGAAGUAUUUAUAAAGCUGAAUAUCGGUGAAAAGUUCACCUUGAAGCAGAUAACGGACCAUAUCCUCCAAGAACUGGGCGAAAUCCUGAAACACCUGUCCGUCGAAAUCGCCCAAAACCUACAUGGCGAUCUCAAGGUAAUUGUUGGGCUUUUGGAAGGAGUUCUGUCCAACGUGUUCAAGUUACUCCGAGGACCUUUGAAGGGCUUAUUGCAAUUGGUUGGCAGUGGUGUCACCCAUUUAGCUGGAGACAUCCAUUUCUUCAUAGGAGUUUUAGAGGGCUUGGCCACUUUCGUUGGGCACAUUGCUGGGGGUAUUGGAGAAUUGAUUAAGCUCAAGAUCGAGUUGGACUUGGGGCUUAUUUUUGGAGCUGUAAAUGGUGUCCAGGCUUUGGUCAACCUUUUGCUGGCAUUGGUGAGUAAAGGAGCCAUACAUCUAGUUGCUGGUCUUUUGAACAACGCUGAGGCACUUAUCGAGGUCAUUGCCAAAUUGGGAGGUGGAAUUCUCCAUGGAGUUACUGGGGUAUUCAAGCUUCUGGGAUCCAUCCUGUCACUCCUCAACGGCAACAUCAAGAUCGACGCUUUCAUCAGCUUUCUCAUUGACUUCGCGAUAUCCAACAAAGAUGGCGGGUCCAUAGACCUAAACGUCCACUUAGAGGGCUUCCUGAAGGUUAUUGAACUUAGCGGAGCUUCUAAUGAUUCGAAGGGCUUGAUUGAGUUCGUACAUAACCUCCAACAAGGCACUCUUAAUUUCAACGGUGUGGACUUAUCUGCUGUUCUGAAAGGUUUAUUGGGAGGAGUCGGCAACCUUUUAGAAUUCGUGGUCGGCAUUUUGCUGAAACUUGAAGAACAUGCUGUGAAAAUCGGUACUGCCAUCCCUGCAUUGUUGCUGCAUUUGUUCCAAAGUGUCAGUCCAGCAGGUUUGCAAAUUCUCGCUAAACUUGGAAUCAACAUUGACGUAGACGCUAACGGGCACUUGGACAUUGUAAAAGCAUUUAAGGGAAUUAUCUUCAAAAUUCCAAAAAUAUUGUUAGCUCUGAAGGAAGGAGAUAUCAGCAAAGUACUGGAGGAUCUGCCAAUAUUUGGAACUAUCUACAACGCGGUAGCCAAGGCAGUUAAAAAGGCAAGCAAUGGCACCGUAGAUCUGAAGAAGCUACUAUCUCGAGAUGGUGACAAAAAUGUCAUUGAACAGAUUAAGAACCUAAUCGAGGGUAUUCUGAAGUCCGUAGUUUCCGGUAGUGGUUCUGCUGGAGGUAGUUCCUCGGGUGGAGGGAGUUUUGAAGCUUCUGGAAGUAAUGGAGGAAGUGGAGCUAGUGGGGGUUGGAGUUUUGGAAACAAAUUCACAAUUGGAGUAUAAGAUUAAUCUACGAUGGGUCUAUGAAACUAUGUAAACCAACGCUAUGAAUUGGCAAUCGUUUUUAUGAAAUGAUUAUUUUAAACAUAUUGGUGUUAGAUGAUAUAAAUAAAUGGUAUGCGUCUUUUAAGA